UACAAAAAGUUAAAGUUGAUCAGUUGCAGUGUGUAAGGAAAGAUAUUGUCAUUAUGUGUGAAGUUUAUCGUUCUACGUUUGAGAUGGCCAUGCCUCUUAUUGCUGAUGCUGUUAAAAAUGCAGCGUUUGUUGUGAUUGAUACAGAGUUCACAGGCUUGGUGUUUUCAGCACAGUCAAAACCCAGUUUGUUUGAUACAGUGGAAGAAAGAUAUUUGAAGCUGAAGAAAGCUGUCACAGAGUUUAUGCCAUCACAAAUUGGAUUGUCUGCCUUUGUGAAAGUCCCAAAUGAAAACAAGUAUAUUUCUCAUAGCUUCAACACCUAUCUAUUCCCGCAGUCAUUUGGUCCUGUAGAUGUCAGAUUCUCAUGUCAGGCAUCCAGUCUGGAGUUUCUUUCGAAACACAAAUUUGAUUUUAACAAGUUUGCAUACGAAGGAGUCUCAUUUCUUAAUGAAGUCCAGGAGAAAGCUGUGAAGGCACAUAUAAAGUCUCAGAGUGUUAAUAAAGGGUUAGAGAGAGAUUUGGAUGAGGCGUUGUUGCAGAAGCAUUGUUCUCGUGUUGCUGAGUGGCUGGUGCACAAAUCUGAGGGAGACACAUUCAUCCUUGAGAGGGACAAAGAAUCCAAGCGAGUGGAAACAUACCUGCUACAGAUUGAAAUCAGGCAGCGCUUCCCUAAUGUGUGGACAACUGAAUCAGGGUUUGGGGAUAUAGUUGUAGAGAAGGUGUCAGCUGAAAGGCGUGAAACUCUAGAGAAGGUGAGAGGAGAGUGUGAAGUGACUGACCAUGAUAGAGUACUGAAUUCCUUGCUGGGCUGGACUCGGGUUUUCAGGCUGCUGAUAGACCAUCAGAAGCCUCUUAUUGGACACAACAUGCUGAUGGAUCUCAUGUUUCUGUUUGACAAAUUUUACAAUCCAUUGCCAGAUAGCUACGGUGCCUUUAAAAAACAGUUACAUGAGCUGUUUCCUGUCCUGUUUGACACUAAACACAUUGUCUUGUCUUCAAAGGAGAUGUUUGAAAACACGGGUUUACUGGAAUCGACAGCGUUGAGUGAUCUCUACAUGGCCUUUGACAGCUCAAAAGGAAAAUUCCACACUGUGUGUUCUCCUGGAAUUGUACAUGCAGAGGGAUUUGACAGAUACAAAGAGCAGAUACUACCUCAUGAAGCUGGUUCUGACGCCUUUCAAUGUGGAUAUUUGUUUCUGAGGCUGGCUCAUAUUCUACACUUUCGAGAUGUCAAGUCCACAGAUGUUGAGCCGUGCUCCUUCAGAGACUACCUCCACUCGCUGAAAAGCUUUCAGAACCAAGUGAACGUCAUCAGAGGAACAGUUAAUCACCUGAAUCUUGAUGGAGCAGACCCAGUUUCCAGGAGACCUGAACUCAUAUUUGUCAAGUCAAGGAAGUCUUCCUAUUCACUGAGCUCUAUUCAGCUUGCAAAGUGGUUCUCUGCCCAUGGGUCUGUGGAUGUUCGGUUGCUAGGGAAACAAAGGGCUCUGAUUGCCACAGGAAACCAUCGCUGUGCCAAGGAUAUCCUAAAAGCCUUCAAGAAGCAUGAAUUAAUUUACGUCACAAAGUACAGUCCAUGGAAGCAUUCACUUCUCGCCAGGAAUGCACUGCUGGCAGGUGCAGUGGCCUCUGGUGGAAUUUGCCUGUGGAUCUUAUGGUCAAGCAGAAAAUCCAGCUGAUGAAUAAUGCAGUUUUAACGGGUUUUUUUUAUUACUUUUAUCUUCUUCAUAUCAGAAUGUACAUUUAACUGUCGUGUGUUGUUGUGGACAGAUAUCUAAACCAAAAUCAGUUGUCUUGGCAGUAGCAAAAAAUAGGAUCACAUUUCAUGCAUUUUAAAUAAAAUUUCAUAUUCUCAUUUAGAUAGACAGCAGUAAGAGCUCGGCAGCUAGGUGUCUUGAACUAGAAUAAAUCCUAAGGAUACCUUGUUAUUUUACUGUACAUGCUUUUCUUCCCUAUCAAAUCAAAUAUUGACCAAUGACAUUUGGUAGGAGAGCUGGCUAUCCAUUAAUGACCGUUGAAAACAGUUGUGAAAGGGAGAUGAAAUGUACUAGCCAGUGGGAUUGUGUGAGAGAUUUGAACUAAAGCUGAGAACAUGUACCAAUUACAGAUGCCUGCCCUUUUUAGGUGACAUCUUCCCUAUUGUAGCAGUACUGUACCAUACAAAAUUUUUUUUUUUUUACAACAACAGUGUACAUAUUACAGCUAAGAUACAUGCUAAAAGAGCAGGCAACUGUUUACCAAAGAAAACAACUGCUUUAAAACAAAAAAAAAAACAAUAGUUAAUAAUCGGUUGAUGUUACACAUUUUUAAUGAAUUGGAAGGAAUACUUCACAGUAAUGGUGCAAACGGUUGUUAUUCAAGCGAAUAUUUUUUAAGUAAUCAACCAAGGGUACUUCACGAUAAUGUUACAAUAUGCAAGUGGUUGCUAUUCGUAGAAUUCUGUUCUUAGAAUUAUGUUUUUAAUGAAGUAACCAACAGUCUGUUAAAGUAGUAUUACAGUGGUGUUCGAUAUGAAAAAUGUUCUUUGUAUUAAUGAUAGUCUGUAAUGUGUAGAUAGAUUCCUGAUAUGUUUGUAUGAAAUAAAUUUAUAUCUUUUGAA